AUGACUAAAUACAAUCUGACUGUGUUACUUUUCAGAAGCACCACCAAGGAUGGGGUCAAUAAACUGCGGGACUGCUUGGAACACAGCAUUCUUCAGGAGAGGUCGGGUGUGCAACAGCCAAAACUCAAGUCCGCCAAAGCAGCGAUACAGCGGGGUGCGGGAGAUGCAAAGGCGGCAUUGGAGAGGCAGCUUGAUGAGAUCAACAGGAAGUACCAAGUGGAGGAAAAGGGACUUCAGCAGAAGAUUGAGAAUGUGGAGGAGAAUGUCAAGAAGUGGAUGCAGGUCUUCGAGCGUAAGGCUGGGGUGACGAUACCCCAUAUGCUCCCAGGCUUAGCCAUUGGUGCUUCAAUGGGUCCUUUGGGUCUUCUUCUUGGUGGCCUUCUAGGGGGUCUUCUUGCUGGUCUUGGUCAGCUUCUUAGCCAAGGAGACAGGGAUGAACUUCAACGUGAACUUCGAAAAGAAUUGGAAAGGGCCCACCAGAUGAGACACGCACAAGAGCAAGCAAAACAGCAUCAUGAAGACAAGAUCACAGGUCUAAAAAAGGACAUGCGUCGCCUCGAGGACAUUCUCCGCACAGUAGUUUGA